UACCAAUGUUGCGACAGCUGAUAAUUCUUUCCAUUGUGUACAAUGUGUACUGUAGACACCACAAAAACCGGUUUAAUGAUUACAGUGCAGAGUUCAGACAUGAUAAGUUUGUGGCCCAGUUCAGAGAUGAUAGUCCAUACAAAACAUAUUGUGCUCCAAGGGAUGAACUCCAGGCUAGAAAUAAGGGUAUGAACUGUAUGAAGAAGUGCACCAGUAAUGCAGAUUGUCAGAAUGACCGGAAGGUUUGUCUGUGUGACAGCGUGUGUGGAAUGUCUUGUAUAAGACCUGCUAAAGAAUGUCCUGAACUACCUGACCCUCCGAAUGGGCAGGUGCAUUUGACCGGCAGAGCGUUCCAGGACAGAGCCGUGUACACUUGUGAUGAGGGCCAUCAAAUAAUUGGAAUAGAGAAAGUAGUUUGUCAGGCCUCUGGUCAAUGGUCCGGUGAGCAGCCGACUUGUAAACAUUCUAAUGGUGGAGCACAUAGUCCUUACUACUGCAGCCAACCUCCAAUCAUUAAGCAUGCUAGCCACAAUGGUUCACAAGAACAGACGUUCUUUGAUCUCGAUACAGAACUUUCUUAUCAUUGCCACCCAGGAUUCAAAAGGGAAGGAUUUGACCAUGCAAAAUGCUUCUAUAUGAAUGGAACAGCAACCUGGUAUGGACCAGAUCUUGUCUGCAAUCCUAUAGAGUGCGGGCCCCCAGACCUAAUUAUGCAUGGAAAAUCCCAAGGCGACUGCACAUCUUUCAGAUGUCAGAUAAAUUAUAAAUGUGACGCGGGAUUUGUACUGGACGGUCGGGCUACAAGAAUUUGUCAGAAUGAUGGAACUUGGACACCAGGAGAGCUACCUGCCUGCCGGCCUGUACAGUGCGGUAUUCCACCAAACCCAACCAAUGGGAAGUCUCUAUUUACAGCUGUAGCGUACAAGUCCGUGGUUGUGUAUGAAUGCAAUUACGGAUUUAUGAUCAGUGGAAAUUCGACCAGAACUUGUGAAUCAGACAAAAACUGGAGUGGACAAAUUCCCGAAUGUAUUGAGAUAAACUGUGGUUUGCCUGGGAAUGGAUUGCUUCCUAACGGAUACUUUGAAGGAGUUCGUGGAACUAGUUUAGGAGCUCAAAUAUCAUUCAAAUGCAUGGAGGGUAUGGUGAUAGAAGCUGAAUCUAUGUCUAUAUCCUGUGGUGCAGACGGCAAAUGGAGCCAUUCUCUCCCUAGAUGUUUGGCCCCUUGUAUUAUUAAUUAUAUAAUUAUCUAG